AUGCGCUGCCAGCUGACGACCCAGAGCCAGAACUGCUACCGGGAGCAGAUCCAGAAGGAGAUGUUGACCCGUUUGGCCUGGAAGAGCCGCUACGCCAAGCUCUACCCAUCCUGUGACAAUCCUCCAAAAAACAGCACAGACUCAACACAGCUGCCCCAACUGCCUGCUGACACCCAAGCUGUCCUGCCUCCUGUCACCAGAACACCUGAGAAGAAAAGCAACCCUCCUUUUCUUCGUCCUCCUCCUCCUGCGCUCUCUGUGGAAGAGGAGGGGCAGCUCAGUGUGGCCCCUCUGAUGAGGCCAGUUUCCCCCAAAACCAGAAAGGCUCUCUACCAGGACUCCUCUCACCAUGGGAAGGGGCGGAGUCUCUACCUGCAGAGGCGAGGCCAGAGGAGACCUGAGGAGAAGUUUGACUUUCCUGUGCUGUCGUCCUGGGAGUACGGCUGGAGGCUGGGUGACUACACUCUGGAUUACAGAACUCCAUCUCACGCCAGGUCGUCGGUGGUGAAGAACACUUUCUACGCCAGGAACGGCGUCUUCAACAGCCCGUCAGCUACAGGCACACCGAGUGUUUGAGUUCAGA